AUGAAACUUCACGCCAACUACCUCAAUUACCGUGAACAGCUCAUCCAAGUAGCCUUCAAUUACUAUACUGUUCUCCUUAUUCUAUUGCUUUUGAAGGUCUUCCUAUUCAAGAGAUCCUUGAACCAUGCCAUUGAUGAUUUGGACUACCAUGCCUUACAAUCCCUUGAAACUAUCAACAAAGCCAACCAGCAAUUAGUCCAACUCCCCCACCAAUACUCCCAACUAGUUAGUGCCAUGGUCGAGAACUCCAUCGCCAACCUCAAGUCUCAAUGGUUAUACUUACUUGUUCUCCUUAUCAACGUCAUUAUUGGUAUCAUUAGGUUCCUAGUGCAGGUGUUCGUCGGUACGUUUGUCUGCUUGGUCGAUGGACUCCUUCAAGGAGUGGUGGAGUUGGUCUUGGAGUUGGUGGAAGAAGUGGUGAACACUGUCAACACUUUGAUCCAGACAUCGACCAAGAUCAUCUCUUCGGGACUCAAUGGUCUCACUAAGAUCAUUGACGGGGUGUCUUCGGGGAUCAAUCUGGUGUCGCUGUUCUUCACUAACGACGAUGUCGUGGAUUCUUCAUCAUUCAUUGAUGAUAUCAAUGGUGCCAUUGAAUCGUUGAACAACUUCUCCUUACCUCAUUCCAUCUAUACUACCAUUGAUGGCUUUAAGGAUAAGGUACCGUCGUUGGAUGACGUGGAAGACGAUGCUAUUGAUAGUUUGAAACGUCCUUUGAUCGAUCUCAUCAGUACUUUCAAUAGUCUGAGUCUGUUCCAGCCUAUAAACCACUCCAUCACUGCCACUAUACCACCAUACACUAAACUAUCGGGCGAUAAUAUCGCUAACUUCACCACCAAAUCCCACCACCUCAUCAAUAAAACUUUCUUCAUCAUUAUGAUUCUCCUUAUCAUCGCCAGUUUGAUCGCCAUGAUAAUUUUGGCAUGGAAGGAGUACCGGCUGUGGAAACGGAAGUAUGAGUUCUAUCUCCAGGUUGGUGGGCCCGUCAAUGACUUUACUUUCCUUAACCUCCUAAACACUUACACUAAUCUAUGGGUGUACGGUGCUAAGAAAUGGUUUCUGAUGAGUGAUCGAACGGUCUGGAUUAUCAGUUUCAUCACUUCCAACUAUUCAGUGACAUUAUUGGGCCUAGGACUCACUGGAAUGGUGGCCGUAGGUCUUCAGUAUUGGCUUUUCGUGGUAUUCAAGAGCUGUGUAGGUCAAUUCCCCUUAUCAACUCUCACUACCAGUAUCAACAAAAGUAUCACUAAUUCCACCCAACUGUUUCUCCGUACCACCAACCAGUUCAUCUCUGACCAACAGACGGUGGUAAAUGAUGAGAUGUUUGGUACCAUCAGGAAUGUCUCUGGCACUUUCAGUGAUGUCAUUGAAGAUUUUGUUCAAGCAUUGAACGAUACUUUGAUCGAGCCCUUCCAGAACACUCCCUUAGCCCAACCUAUCAGUACCGUAGUGUAUUGUGUGGUGACGAGAAAGCUCCUUAUGGUAGAGCGAGGACUAGAGUGGCUAGAGGACAAUUUGGUCAUAAGUCUUCCUGGUUUACUGUCAGAAGUUGGUGACCAGUUAGACAAUCUUGUGAAAUCUCAAGCCACUACGUCCAUUGAUCUCCUGCCGUAUAUUGACAAGGUCCAGAAGAUGUUCAAGGAUACGUUGGUGGUAGAAUUAGCCAUCAGUGGUGGGAUCCUAGGUCUAUGGAUGGUACAAUUGGCUGUUGGAUUAGGGUAUUUUGGUUAUAGACGGACUCGAGAGAUUGUUAUUAGUGAACCGAGAUCAUUGACGGUGUUAGAAGGUAAAGAGUAUGGGUAUCCUUUCACUCGAUGA